AUGCUCUCUUUAGAUCAUAAACAUCCUAUCCAAUCAUUACUCGUCACGUUUCUCGCAUGGAAGACCUUGCUUAUAGCCAUUGCUAUCGGAAGCAAUGUCGGCCCAGCUUAUGAUACCUCAACCACGCUGUUAUCCCCUGAGAUAACUUCAUCGCAUGAGUCCACAUUCGACCUCGCCACGAAGUUGACGAGAUGGGACUCUAUCUAUUUCAUUGAAGCAUCUCGCCGGGGUUAUCAGUAUGAGCAGGAAUGGGCAUUUGGGAAGGGACUGCCAACCGUCAUCUCCUUUCUCAUUCAAGCCCUUUCUAGUGUUGGUGUCCAAGCACAUGGCUCCCUCGAACCAAGUGUUGGAAUCUUAGUGGCUCAUACAUCCCACCUGCUCUCCGUACUUGCCCUGUAUCAGCUUGGACUCGUUGUUUGCAAAAACCAACGGUUAUCAUUCAUUGCAGCUCUUUUGCAUAUUCUGGCGCCGGCUGGGCUCUUCUUGUCCGCCCCUUAUCAAGAGAGCACGUAUGCUCUACUAUCCUUCACCGGGUACCUCUUCCUUGCGAAGGGCCUACUAGGACCAAAGCGGACUUUUGCCCACGAUGUAAGCUUAGUCGCUUCUGGUAUGUGGUUUGGGUUUGCCGUCACGUUUCGUAGCAAUGGUCUAUUCAAUGGUAUUCCGUUCGCCAUUGCGCUAGCCAAGGAACUCACUACAUCACCGAACUUGACUAGUAUACGACGACGCUGUGCCUUAUUGGUUGGGGGUCUAGCGAUCGCAGUGGGCUUCAUAACGCCGCAGUUAAGUGCCUACCAAAUCUUCUGCUUCACCCAGCCUUCUAGGCCAUGGUGUACGAGUGGCAUGCGUAGCAUAUAUUCGUUCGUCCAAGAACGCUAUUGGAAUGUUGGCUUUCUCCGUUACUGGACUCCAUCAAAUAUACCACUCUUCCUACUCGCUAUACCAAUGAUUUAUAUUCUCAUCAAGUCAGGGCUAGAAUUUAUAAAGUUACCUCUAGACCUUGUGACUAAGGAAUCCGCCCCAGCUGAUCCAAUCCAUCUGUCUUUGUUGAUCCGGUCAAUGGCCUUAGCCCAGCUUGUCUUAGCUGUUCUGGCCAUCACAAAUUACCACGUCCAAAUUAUCACGAGAAUAUCGUCGGGGUACCCCCUUUGGUAUUGGUGGCUGGCAAAAGUUCUCUCAGACCCGAAAAACUCGAUAUUUGGAAGUAAUGUUGUGAGAUUCAUGGUUAUGUACGCCGCUGUUCAAGGGGCCCUCUUUGCGUCCUUCCUUCCGCCGGCUUGA